AUUUGUAUGCUAUAAAUGAGAGGGCUAACAACUCCCCAAAGUCAUCAAAGAACAAAGAAACAUGGCAGUCAACAAACUUGUGAUCCUGCUGCCUUUUCUUCUUGUGUGCGGAAUUGUUUUGAUUAGGGUGGAUGGGCGCUAUGAUGGCAAAGUGUGCGCCCAAGUCUGCGAGCAACGAGUGGCCACGAUGAAGUGCCCACCAGGAAACAAGCCAACUCGUCCAUCGUGUGUCAACUGCUGCACUGCCAAAAUCGGCUGCAAACUCUAUAGAUCUGAUGGAUCUCUGCUCUGUACUGGAACUUAGACCCAUUUACUUCAAGAAAUUGAUCUCUUUCAAAAAGAAAAUCUACUUCUCACUCUUAGUAUUCCAUGUAAUGUUACAUGCUUGUACUUUGAGUACAUCAAAGGCUUAAUUCGUGUCUUUCAAUACACGGGCUUGUUCAGUUAAUAAAAACCAUAUUAUUAUGGACU